CCCCCACAGCUCCGUCAGUUUGUCCCUCAGCUAACUUCCAUUACCUUCUGCUUCAGUCGUUACCGACCCUCUGACUGCAGGCUCCGGGCUCCGGUGAUGUUGGACAGCUGGUGACAGCUCAGCUUCUCCAGGAGUCUUCGUUUUUCCGGCUCGGUUCCCUUCUUCAGACUCUACCCAUACCAGGAGUCCAUCUGUGGUUCUGAGUUUCCUCCAGCAUGGGGGACGUGAUUUCCAGUCACCUGGAUGAGGGCAGGCGCGAGCUGAUCUCAGCUCAGACCAGGGAGGUGAUGGGGGAGUUUGGCCGUCUGUAUGAGCAGCAGUAUGCCGUUGCUCUCUUCAACAAAGUUCGCUUUGACAUAGAAGGAGGAGCUGGUCCUCAGCCUCAGCUGCUACACCGCAAGAUUGCUUUGGAGAACCAAUCCAUUUUCUCUGGCUCGCUUUUUCACUAUCUGGAGGAGAACAAGAAAUGGAGGAACCGCUUCGUCUUUGUUCCAGACUCCUACAACCUCAACUAUUACGACAGCAAAGCAGCCCAUAACAGACACCUCCAUCCUAAAGGAACCAUCAACUGUGCCGGUUACAAAGUGCUGACCUCCAUGGAGCAGUACCUGGAUCUGUUCAGCAGCAGCCUGCCUGGUAUGAAAGCCAAGGUGGGAAGCUCCCCCUUCCUGAAGUGUGCCACCCAGUUCCCUCUGAUCCUCUGGCACCCGUACGCCCGCCACCAUUACUUCUGUGUGGAGACGGAGCAGCAGAAGUGGCACGCUGUUCUCCAGGACUGCAUCAGACACGCAAAUGAUGGUUUGACCGAGGACAACAAAGUGCAAACUCCAGCCUUCACUGAUGCAGUACGACUCUAUCGCCAAGCUCAAGGGCACUAUGGCACUUGGGAGAUGAUGUGUGGUGUGCCUUCACAGAUCCUGGCUAACCUGGUGAUGGAGGGCCUCCUCCCUGAGCUGAGGGAGCUCAUCUCCCCCCGCCUUAAAGGCAAACUACACGAGAGGCAGAGAAACUGGAUGCUGAUCAGUGAUGCAGCGUACAGCCUGGUGCAGGGGCAGUGCCAGGCCCAGUAUCAGGCGCUGCUGCAGAAGUGUGAGGUGGCCUGCCCCUCUCUGGAGGCGUCCAUACGCUGCGACAUGGACCAGAUCAUCUCCUCCAAGGAGCACGUCACCAACAAGAUCAGAGAGGUGGUCCUCCCAAAGGCGGACAAGUUGCUGAAGGUGAGCAUCCAGCCCUACAUCAGCUCCAUCCUGGAUGCCCUGAUGGAGCCCACCAGCCGAGGGUUCUCUGAGGUUCGGGAUGUGUUCUUCAGAGAGCUGGUGGACAUGAGCAAGCACACUCUGAAUAAUGGCACCAAGGAGGCUGUGGCACAGCACAUGGAGAAGAUCUCCAUGCUGGCUUUCCACCCGGUGAAGAUGCAGAGCUGCUAUGAGAAGGUGGAGCCGCUGAGUCUGGAGGGUCUGCAGCAGAGGUUCGACGUGUCCAGCCCGUCGGUUUUUGUCCAGAGAGCCCAGAUCCUCAUGAGAGAGCAAAUGGACGAUGCAGUGUAUACAUUUGAGCAGAUCCUCCACCACAGUCUGGAGUCUCAGGGUACAGAAGGGCUCUGUAAGACCAUCCAGCGCUGCCAGGACAGAGUCAUUAAGAAAUUUGACUAUGACAGCAGCACAGUGAGGAAGCGUUUCUUCCGCGAGGCUCUUCUCCAGAUCUUCAUCCCCUACAUGCUGAAGCAGCUCGGCCCGGCCUGUGCCUCGGAGCUGCCACGUUUCCGGGAGCUGAUCUUCGAGGACUUCUCUCGUUUCAUUCUCGUGGAGAACAUCUUUGAAGAGGUGGUGCUGCAUUCGGUCAUGAAGAACAUCAUGAUGGCUGUGAAGGAGGCGGCGGUCCAGAGGAGACACAAUCUGUACAGGGACAGCAUCGUCCUCAGCAACAGCGACCCCAGCCUGCAUCUGCUCGGAGAAAACCCCUCCAUUGACUGGGCCGAGGAGUACGGAGGAGCCCAGGAGGAGGCGCAGCUAGCAGGCGAGGACACUGAGGAGGAGGAGGAGGGGGGGGAGUCUCAGAGGAGGAGGAGGAUGAAGCAGGUUGUCUCCAUGAUCCAGGUGGAAGGCUCCCCAGUGCUGCCAAGUGAGUCCUGCAUGGAUGUGCCCAGUGUCGACGACAUCCCUGAGGAGAAAGAGAAGGAUAAGGAUGGGGAGGAGGACUCGGAUAAGAGCGACCAGGAUAAAUCUGCAAUUCCCAGCGCUCCACAGAACCCUUCAGACUCGCCCAAUGUCACGAAGGAAGAGGGAGCUAAACCAGAGGAGAGGGGCAGAGAGGAAGUCUCACUGAAGCUCCAGUCAGCUGCAGAGGAGAACAGCCGACCCAUGGUGGAGGUACAACUGCCUUGCAGCCAGGAAGAGGCUUCAAAGGAGGCAUCAGAGGAGGCUUCAAAGGAGGCCUUGGAGGAGGCGCCAGAGGAGGCGUUGCCACCGCCACCACCGCCUGAAGAAAUCCUUCCUGGAGCCAUGGAAAUGGAUCCAGAGGUCCCUGAGCCAACCAACCUCCCCUUGCCUCCACACGACGACAGUGGCUUCCAGUCUCCCACCUGUGAGGAGGCAGAGGGUGAGGAGGGUGAUGUGGCCCCUCUCCUAGAGGAGCACCCUGAGGGGGAAGUGAUGAGUGUUCCCGCAGAAACAGAGCCCUGUGAUGAAUGAUCUCCAUUUGAACUGGAUUCUGCUUUGUUCUGUUUUUUAUCUUUACUUGACAAAUAUAAAAUGAUACAUCUGGUGGUUUUAUCAGUUUCAGUUCCAGGCACGGUAAUCACAGAUCUGCAGAUCACUCUCACCAAGUAGGGCUCCAUCUCUAAUGGUCAUAUUAUUAAACACUCUUCCUGAAUAAUUUUCACAACUUUCCACCUGACAGAAAGUCCUCAGCAGACUCUGAGCUUUCAUUCAACAUAAAUUCCACACUUUACUUUCUCUUCACCGGGUAUGAAUGUGAGCACAGUGGACGACUGGGGGUCCGUUAAGGUGUGCUUGGUGGGUGACAGGCUGCAGGAGCACCCCAGUUUAGCGGCCUUUGGUGAAUUAUGUUAAUGGUUAUAGCUCUUGAGUUAAUCUCGUAGUACUGUGAUGCCUUCGAUAACCUUCAGCAAAUUGAUUGUUUUAUUUGUUGUUGUAAAUACCGUUAUUGGAAAAUCACCUAUUGCUUAAAAGAAAAUCCUCUUCUCGAAUGUGGAACAUGAAUUCUUUAAUUGUGUCAAAGUACUUGCUGGCAUCUAAAGACUUGACCAUUUCUUUUGUGUUGGUGGAAAAAAACACAAAAGAAAUAUGUACCUUUUGUAUAUUAUGUAUAAAUAUUAUGGACCAGGGAACUACCAAGUUUUCAUUUUACAUAAUUUUAUAUGAUUUAGUAAGUGCCUCAUCAGAUCUCUCCAUCGCCCAUUUAUUUAUUGUUUUGUAUCCCCUCUUUGACCAAUGUACUUUUAAAUUUUUUUACUCUUGUGUGAUUCAAAUGACUUUUAAUGAUGAUAAUAAUAAAUCAUUAUCAAUUUAUUAUAA